AGUUUUUAUCUUAAAGCUUAUUCUGUCGCUAAAAUCAUGGAAACAUCUAGCGCCUCUUCUCGACAUGACGACGUUGAACUACCAAAUUUCGACCUUAACUUGUUCGGUGAACCUCCGUCUAAGUCCGCUAAGAGAUUUGCAAAUUUGAGCGAGCGGGAGUUGAACCAUAUUGUUGAACAAAGACAUUCAGAGAAGACCAAAAAAACAACAAACUGGUCUGUUUCAACUUUUCGAGGUAAGCUAUCUAUCGUAACAAUUCCACAAUGUUUUCCAGCAAUUCUGUGACAUACAACUUAAUGGUAAAUGGUAAAGCUAGAAGUGAAAACUAAUUUUCUCCCGUCGAAAGCCAUUUAAAUGUCAGCGAGCAAAACUCGUGCAUUAACUUUUAUCGGCUGCAUGAAUUGAGGCUAAGAAAAGUAACACUUUUUUAUUUAAAUUCUUGUUGCAGAAAAAGGAAAACGACGAUUGUCUUUUUAAGAUUGAAUUUAAUGUUUUUAUCAUAAAAUUGACAGGUUAUAACAGCAAAAAAUUGUUCGCUCAUUAAACUAAACUGUAAAAAUUGCUUCACCGAGUGACUACUCGAUGCACAAACAAUGACAUACGGCUUAUAUUUAUUCCACAUUUUCAGUCUUCGGUUCUUUUAGAUUCGUUUAAAAAAGAAUACUGUUUUUUAAAGUCGCUUACAUGUUGAAUUUCAGCUUGGUGUUCAGAGAAAGUAAUACAAACACCGAUUGAAAACAUGACGACUGGCCAGCUGGACCAGAAUCUGAGACGAUUUUAUGCCGAAGCACGAACACAAAAAGGGGAGCCAUACAGUAAAUCCACCUUGCUUGGAUUCAGACAUGCCAUUGAAAGAUAUCUAAAUGCUCCUCCAUACAACAAAGGGCUCCAGUUAGCAAGUGAUCCCAGAUUUAUGCGGUCAAACCAGAUGUUAGACGCCCAACUAAUCAAUUUGAGAAAAAAUGGAAAGGAAAAUGUGACCCACAAACCUGCAAUUGAAGAAGGGCAUCUCAAACAGCUAAAAACCAGUGGCGUUUUUUCUCUUUCUUCCCCGCUUUCUCUUCUUAGAAAUGUAUGGUUCCAUAUUGUCCUUUUCUUCUGCCGAAGAAACCGUGAAGGGCAAAGAGCUCUCACCACUAACAGCUUCAAGUUUGCAACCGAUGCAGCCGGGCGUAAAUUUGUAACCAUGGCCCAUGAUGAAGCUUCGAAGAACCAUCCAGGUGGUGUCCAUGACUCUUCCAGUAAGGAGAAAGAAGCUAGAAUGUACGAAUCAGCCGAAAGCAACGAUGGCUACAAGGCGCUUAAGCUCUAUCUUGAAAAGAUCAACCCGAAGUGCAGUGCGCUUUUCCAGUAUCCGAAGUCAAAUGUUAGACCUGAAGACAUCGUGUGGUUCGAGCAAAGGCCUUUGGGCGUUAACACCCUCGCCAACAUGAUGAAGAAAAUCAGCGAAGUGGCAGGGCUCUCAACCAUAUACACAAACCACAGCAUACGAGCAACAGCCAUAACCCUGUGGUCCAAUGCUGGAGUCCCUAAUCGACACAUCAUGUCAAUUUCAGGCCAUCGAAAUGAGCAAUCCUUGGCACAUUACAACUCGCGGCCGUCGAUUUCUCAGCUUCAAAAUUGCAGUGAUGUGCUGUCAAGGGCGCUAGCAGUCACUGAAGCUUCAUACGCAAGAUCUUCUUCCUCAGUGCAAUCCACAGUCCGUGUUAGCUGUCCUUCACAACAAGAAGGAAAUUAUGCUCCUUCCAAUAUUGCAAGAGAAGUGGCUCCAUUUUUUAAAGAUUGCAGCAUUCAAAACGUGCAGUUCGUCUUUAAUUCGUCGGAAAACCACUCAUAA